AGUCACGUGACGGUGCCAACAUGGCGGCGCCGUGGCGGCGGCGCGGCCGCUGAGGGAGGUGCGGCCCUUCCGGACAGUGCCGCGGGCCCCGAGUGCUCGCCCGGCUCUUGCUCCCGGCCCCCGCCCCGCUCCCAGCCUCGUCAUGCAGCCACCGGCUCGAGAGCAGGACGCCCGCACUAAAAGCAUGUUCGUGUCGCGGGCCCUGGAGAAGAUCCUGGCGGAGAAGGAGGCGAAGCGGCCCCCGCACGGGCAGCUGCGGAGAGCCUGCCAGGUGGCGCUGGAUGAAAUAAAAAGUGAGCUGGAAAAGCAAAGAGAAGGCACUUCUGCUCCACCAAAAGCAAAUUUCAUUGAAGCAGAUAAAUAUUUCCUUCCGUUUGAGCUGGCCUGCCAGUCGAAGUCUCCACGCAUUGUCAGUACUUCCUUGGAUUGUUUACAGAAACUCAUUGCAUAUGGGCAUAUCACCGGCAAUGCUCCGGAUAGCGGAGCUCCUGGAAAACGACUGAUCGACCGAAUAGUGGAAACCAUUUGCAAUUGCUUUCAGGGUCCUCAAACAGAUGAAGGAGUACAACUUCAGAUAAUUAAGGCUCUUCUCACUGCAGUAACAUCUCCAUAUAUAGAAAUUCAUGAAGGAACAGUUCUUCAAACUGUUAGAACCUGCUACAACAUCUAUCUGGCCAGUAAAAAUCUUAUUAACCAGACAACUGCCAAAGCUACCCUGACACAGAUGUUAAAUGUCAUUUUUACACGGAUGGAAAAUCAAGCUCUGCAGGAGUCCAGAGAAGCAGAGCGAGCGCAGAAGCCACAGUCCCCUGGGGUGGCAGGGUCGCGGUCCCCACGGCCGGGGCAGCGGCCGCACAGCUCCUGGGGAGGCACCGCUGGCACCGCGCUGGCCAACGGGGAGCCCGGCCGCGGGGAGCCCGGCCGCGGGGAGCCCGGCCGCGGGGAGCCCGGCCCCGGGGAGCCCGGCCGCGGGGAGCCCGGCCGCGGGGAGAUGAAGCAGGCCCCUGCCCUGCCGGCAGCAGAGAAAACAAUUGAUGGAGGGAAGGAAAUGGUUCAAGGCAUCUUGGAAGAUGUGGUGGAGUCAGCUGUGAAAGUGGCUGAAGAAAAGCAGGUAACAGAACCUGUGAAAGCUCUGCCUGCAUUAGAGACUGCAGAUACUCUUCUUUCUGGCUCUAGCAAUGAAAAUGUACAAACAAAUGGGAUUUCAGAUGAUGGGCAGUCUGUUUCCUCCACUGAUAAUCUGGAAACAGAUGUAUCUGGACAUCAAGCUGCUGCCAGAUUUUCCCAUGUUCUACAGAAGGAUGCCUUCCUUGUGUUCAGAUCAUUGUGCAAGCUCUCCAUGAAACCACUGGGGGAAGGACCACCAGAUCCCAAAUCCCAUGAAUUGCGUUCCAAGGUUGUGUCUCUCCAACUGCUUCUCUCAGUGCUGCAGAAUGCUGGUCUGGUUUUCAGGACACAUGAAAUGUUCAUCAAUGCAAUCAAGCAAUAUCUUUGUGUAGCAUUAUCUAAAAAUGGAGUCUCUUCUGUUCCUGAUGUAUUUGAGCUCUCUCUUGCCAUCUUCCUCACGCUGCUUUCAAAUUUUAAGACCCAUUUAAAAAUGCAGAUUGAGGUGUUCUUCAAAGAGAUCUUCCUCAAUAUUCUAGAGACUUCUUCAAGUUCCUUUGAACAUAAAUGGAUGGUGAUUCAGACUUUAACUAGAAUUUGUGCAGAUGCCCAGUGUGUAGUGGAUAUUUAUGUUAACUAUGAUUGUGAUUUAAAUGCUGCUAAUAUAUUUGAACGUCUUGUAAAUGAUUUGUCCAAAAUCGCACAGGGACGAAGUGGGCAUGAGUUGGGAAUGACGCCUUUACAGGAGCUAAGCCUGAGGAAAAAAGGACUUGAAUGUUUGGUUUCCAUUUUAAAAUGUAUGGUGGAAUGGAGCAAAGACCUUUAUGUGAACCCGAAUCAUCAGACUAGCUUGGGUUCAUAUAAAACAUCUGAACAGGAAGUGGCUGAAGGUAAAUGCCUGGACACUGGAGGGAGACGGAGUAGUGUCAGUUCCUUGGAUUCCACCGUAUCGUCAGGAGUUGGAAGUGUUGGUACCCAGACUGCUGUCCCAGAUGAUCCAGAGCAAUUUGAAGUCAUCAAGCAACAAAAAGAAAUAAUUGAACAUGGAAUAGAACUGUUUAAUAAAAAACCAAAGAGAGGAAUACAGUAUCUACAGGAGCAGGGGAUGCUUGGCAGUACAGCAGAGGACCUGGCACAAUUCUUGCACCAAGAGGAACGCCUGUGCUCUACUCAAGUAGGGGAAUUUCUUGGGGAAAGCAGCAAGUUUAACAAGGAAGUGAUGUAUGCCUAUGUAGACCAGCUUGAUUUCUGUGGAAAAGACUUUGUCUCUGCUCUGCGUAUAUUUCUGGAAGGUUUUCGUCUGCCAGGUGAAGCCCAGAAGAUUGAUAGAUUAAUGGAGAAGUUUGCUGCUAGAUAUAUUGAAUGCAACCAACGGCAAACCCUGUUUGCUAGUGCAGACACUGCCUAUGUUUUGGCAUACUCCAUUAUAAUGCUGACUACAGACUUGCACAGUCCACAGGUAAAAAAUAAAAUGACAAAGGAGCAGUACAUUAAAAUGAAUCGAGGAAUCAAUGACAGUAAGGACCUGCCAGAAGAGUAUUUAUCCACAAUCUACGAAGAAAUAGAAGGAAAGAAAAUUGCAAUGAAGGAGACAAAAGAAUAUGCAAUUACAACCAAGUGUAGUAAACCAAGUGUAGCUAAUGAGAAGCAGCGGAGGUUGUUGUACAACUUGGAGAUGGAACAAAUGGCAAAGACAGCCAAAGCCCUCAUGGAGGCAGUGAGCCAUGCAAAGGCACCUUUCACCAGCGCCACUCACCUGGAUCAUGUCAGACCCAUGUUCAAACUUGUCUGGACUCCACUGCUGGCAGCUUACAGUGUUGGCUUGCAGAACUGUGAUGACACAGAAGUUGCGUCCCUGUGUUUGGAAGGAAUACGCUGUGCCAUUAGGAUAGCCUGUAUCUUUGGAAUGCAGCUUGAACGAGAUGCUUACGUACAGGCCCUGGCUCGUUUUUCCUUGUUGACCGCCAGUUCCAGCAUUACAGAAAUGAAACAGAAGAACAUCGAUACCAUUAAGACACUCAUUACAGUUGCUCACACUGAUGGCAACUAUCUUGGCAAUUCUUGGCAUGAGAUCUUGAAAUGUAUUAGCCAAUUGGAGCUGGCACAGCUCAUAGGAACUGGUGUGAAAACUCGGUAUUUGUCUGGUUCUGGGCGUGAGAGGGAAGGCAGCAUUAAGGGCUAUGCCUCUGCAGGAGAAGAGUUUAUGAGCCUGGGAUUAGGGAACCUCGUUGGGAGUGGGGCUGACAAACGGCACAUGGCGAGCAUCCAGGAGUCUGUGGGGGAGACCAGCUCACAGAGUGUGGUGGUAGCAGUAGACAGGAUAUUCACGGGCUCCACGAGGCUGGACGGGAAUGCCAUAGUUGACUUUGUGCGGUGGCUGUGUGCUGUGUCCAUGGAUGAGCUGGCAUCCCCGCACCACCCACGCAUGUUCAGCCUGCAGAAGAUUGUGGAGAUCUCCUAUUACAACAUGAACCGGAUCAGGCUGCAGUGGUCAAGGAUUUGGCAUGUGAUUGGAGAUCACUUCAAUAAGGUUGGGUGUAACCCUAACGAAGAUGUUGCCAUCUUUGCUGUAGACUCGUUAAGGCAGCUGUCAAUGAAAUUUCUUGAGAAGGGAGAGUUAGCCAACUUCCGCUUCCAGAAAGACUUCCUAAGGCCUUUUGAGCAUAUUAUGAAGAAAAACAGAUCACCAACUAUUCGAGACAUGGUGAUCCGCUGUAUUGCUCAGAUGGUGAACUCUCAAGCUGGUAGCAUUCGUUCAGGCUGGAAAAAUAUCUUUGCAGUCUUUCAUCAAGCAGCGUCAGACCACGAUGGAAAUAUCGUAGAGCUGGCCUUUCAGACUACAGCACACAUAGUUACAAAUAUUUUUCAGCAGCAUUUUCCAGCAGCAAUUGACUCAUUUCAGGAUGCAGUAAAAUGCCUCUCUGAGUUUGCCUGUAAUGUUGCCUUCCCGGACACCAGCAUGGAAGCCAUCAGGCUUAUUCGCUAUUGUGCAAAAUAUGUCUCAGAAAGACCACAGGUAUUAAGAGAAUACACAAGUGAUGACAUGAAUGUGGCUCCUGGGGACAGAGUGUGGGUCAGAGGAUGGUUUCCUAUUUUGUUUGAACUUUCUUGUAUCAUCAAUCGUUGCAAGUUAGAUGUUCGUACAAGAGGCUUAACAGUGAUGUUUGAAAUCAUGAAGAGUUACGGGCAUACCUUUGAAAAGCACUGGUGGCAAGACCUGUUUAGAAUUGUGUUUCGGAUUUUUGAUAAUAUGAAACUCCCUGAACAACAAACUGAGAAAUCAGAGUGGAUGACCACAACGUGCAACCAUGCCCUUUAUGCCAUCUGUGAUGUGUUCACACAGUUCUAUGGAGCCUUGCACGAGAUCCUUCUUCCUGACAUACUUGCACAGUUACACUGGUGUGUAAAACAAGAUAAUGAACAGUUGGCACGAUCAGGUACAAACUGCCUGGAAAACCUGGUAAUACUCAAUGGACAGAAAUUCAGCCCUGAAGUUUGGGGCCAGACAUGCAAUUGCAUGUUAGAAAUCUUCAAAACAACUAUUCCUCAUGUCUUGCUGACAUGGAAGCCUGUAGGAAUGGAGGAAGAUUCAUCUGAAAAACACUUGGAUUUGGACCUAGAUCGCCAGUCUUUAAGCAGCAUGGAUAAAAAUGCUUCUGAAAGAGGACAAAGCCAAUAUUCAAAUCCAACAGAUGAGAGCUGGAAAGGUGGUCCUUACACAAACCAAAAACUAUUUGCUGGCCUCCUGAUCAAGUGUGUGGUACAGCUGGAGUUGAUACAAACCAUUGAUAACAUAGUGUUCUAUCCAGCAACAAGCAAGAAGGAAGAUGCUGAGCACAUGGCUGCAGCUCAGCGAGACACAUUGGAUGCAGACAUUCACAUUGACACAGAAGACCAAGGAAUGUAUAAAUAUAUGUCUUCACAUCACCUUUUUAAGUUACUGGAUUGUCUGCAAGAGUCUCACUCAUUUUCAAAAGCCUUUAAUUCAAAUUAUGAGCAGCGAACUGUGUUAUGGAGAGCAGGGUUCAAGGGUAAAUCAAAACCCAAUCUCUUAAAACAAGAGACCAGCAGCUUGGCGUGCUGCCUGAGGAUUCUGUUCCGGAUGUACGUGGACGAGAGCCGGCGGGAGGCCUGGGACGCGGUCCAGCAGCGCCUGCUCAGCGUGUGCAGUGAAGCCCUGGCAUACUUUAUUACUGUCAACUCGGAAAGCCACAGAGAAGCCUGGACCAAUCUCCUGCUGUUGCUCUUAACAAAAACACUAAAAAUCAGUGAUGAUAAGUUCAGGGCACACGCUUCCAGCUAUUACCCGUACCUGUGUGAGAUCAUGCAGUUCGACCUGAUUCCCGAGCUGCGGGCGGUGCUGCGCAAGUUCUUCCUGCGCAUUGGGGCGGUCUUCAACAUCUGCAUCACAGACAAGCAGGCACGCACAGCUGGCAUGAACCUGCCUUCCUGCUAGCUCUCGGUGAGGCUGUUGCACCAGCCUGUACAUAAAGCUGCGUCCAGAGAUGGACUGAAGUGGAUGGGAAAAAUGGGACCCUGUGGAUCACCACAGGAGCAAGUUAUUCUUACCACAAUGGCAUUUGGGAAUGAGGAAAAGAAUCCUGUUCUGUCCAUCCUACUGAAGUGCCAGCAGUUUUAUUUAAAUUAUUGCUUACAGAGUCAAUACAGUAGGUGUGCAGUCUCUUUGUUUCAAUGCUAAUCAUUUGUAUGAUCCAGUAUGUCUCUUCUAGUCUUUUAUCCACUGCUCAGUCUUUCAUCCCAGCUGGAGCUGAUAAAUCAGCUGGCUCUCUCCAUAUGAGUUAUGCCCCUUGCAACUAAUGACUAUACUUGUGUAGCCUUGUGAUGUUGGCACGUGUUCAUAAUAAACUCGACUGGCCAAUGACCCCCCAA